GACGUAAAGAAGAUAUUGACGGAUAAAAAGAAACCCGACAAAGUAUUGAUGAAGACAGCGAUCUUGUCACUACCCAUGCAACAUUUGCCGAAAUUGCUUGAUGAAUACACCGCUGUGGCGGGACAUCCGAUCGAAAAAGACAUCGAGAAGCAGUUCAGUGGUGAUGCAAAGAAAGCUCUGCUUGCUUUGGUGCAGUGUUCGAGAAACGCAAGCAUCUAUUUUGCAAACUUACUCAAUGAUUCAAUGAAGGUAACUCAAUUUCCCAUUGAUGAGACCGGUUGA